AACGUCAGUGCAAUGCUUCUCAGAUGCUGCCACAGCCUGACUCGACUUGGCCGCCUCAACACUCAAAGGCAUCAAGUGGCACCCGCCGUGGCAUCGUGUGCGGUUCGUCUGUGGAGCAGCAGCGAGGGUCAGAGAUCGUACCAGCGCGCCCACGGUCCCAGCUGGAGACAUGCUUUGGCAGGACUGCUGGCUGGUACCGGGGCUGUCCUGGCUUAUGGCCUCCACCACCACAAGGCUGAGCAGGCAGACACCAUUAAAGUGCAGACCAUAGAGAAGACCUCAGCUCUUCCCGUCUUCACCCAGGAAGAGGUCACCAGUCACCGUUCUCUGGAAGAUGGCGUUUGGGUCACUUACAAAGGUGCCGUCUAUGACAUCACUGACUUUGUGGCCAUGCACCCUGGUGGGGAUAAAAUCUUGUUGGCGGCAGGUGGAGACCUCGAACCGUUCUGGGCGCUGUAUGCUGUACACAACCAGGAACAUGUGCUGGAAAUCCUCUCAGAAUAUAAGGUUGGCGUACUGAGUGCUGAAGACCUGAAGAAGCAGCAGACUGUUAAAUCAUCUGACCCCUACUCUUCUGACCCUAAGCGUCACCCUGUCCUGCGCAUCAACAGCCAAAAGCCCUUUAAUGCCGAGCCGCCUCCUGAACUCCUCACCGACAGCUACAUCACCCCGUCUGCCAUCUUCUUCAAAAGAAACCACCUGCCGGUUCCUCAGGUGGACCCGGCUUCCUAUCGGCUGCACGUGGAGGGACUACCUGGAGGAGUGCUGACGCUGUCUUUAGAAGAGUUGAAGACUCGAUUCCCCAAACACACCAUCACUGCCACGUUGCAGUGUGCCGGUAACCGCCGCUCUGAGAUGAAUCAGGUCAAGCAGGUGAAAGGGCUGAACUGGGGCAUCGCUGCGAUCAGUAACGCCACGUGGAGCGGCGCGAGGCUCAGGGAUGUGCUGCUGGCUGCUGGUUACGGGCCAGAUGUGGCCAAGUGGGCAUGUCACGUUCAGUUUGAAGGAUUGGACAAAGACGUGACCGGGACUACCUACGGUUCUUCCAUCCCUCUAAACAAGGCCGUUAAUGAGGAAGGUGAUGUGCUGCUGGCUUACGAAAUGAACGGCGAGGAUCUCCCUGCCGACCACGGCUACCCUGUCCGCGUUGUGGUCCCAGGAACAGUGGGCGCACGCAAUGUGAAAUGGCUGGGGAAGAUCAUAGUGAGCGCGGAGGAGAGCAACAGCCACUGGCAGCAGAACGACUACAAGGGCUUCUCUCCUGGGACGGACUGGGACACGGUGGACUUCAAGUCUGCUCCGGCCAUCCAAGAGCUGCCCAUUCAGUCAGCGAUCACCACACCGGCAGACGGCGCCGUGGUCAAUCGUAGCGGUGAAGAGGUGACGGUGAAGGGUUACGCCUGGAGUGGCGGGGGCAGAGAGGUGGUACGUGUAGAUGUUUCGCUGGACGGGGGAAAGACGUGGCAGGUGGCCCAGCUGAGGAGCAGCGAGAAGGAACAGGCACCCAAACCGUCGCCUCCACCGGGACGAGCCUGGGCCUGG